GACCUUUAGUUGCGGGAAAUUCGCAAGUUUCGCGCGAUCAGUCAGUGUUGUAUGCAUACAUAAUUCUAAAUCACCAUUAAUUUUAGACUAUCAAAAUGAGUUUAUGGGUGGACAAACACAGACCAACGUCAUUAUCCAAGCUCGAUUAUCACAAGGAGCAAGCAUCAAAUCUGAAAAAGUUGGUGCAAUCGGGUGAUUUCCCUCACUUGAUGGUUUAUGGGCCAUCGGGUGCAGGGAAGAAGACUAGGAUUAUGUGUGCUCUAAGGGAGCUGUAUGGAUCAGGAGUAGAAAAACUUAGAAUUGAACAUCAAACUUUCAUGACACCAUCAAAGAGCAAAAUUGAAAUCACUACAAUUGCUAGCAACUACCAUAUUGAAGUCAAUCCAAGUGAUGCAGGGAUCUAUGACCGUAUUGUGAUUCAAGAUUUGAUCAAGAAUACAGCUCAAUUUCAGCAAAUGGAAACAUCUUCACAAAGAGAUUUCAAAGUUGUGGUGUUAACAGAAGUGGACCGUUUAACCAAAGAUGCACAGCAUGCAUUGCGUAGGACAAUGGAGAAGUAUACUUCCACAUGUCGUCUUAUUCUCUGUUGUAACUCAACUAGUAAAGUCAUUCCAGCUAUCCGGAGUAGAUGUCUUGGGGUCAGGGUGGCAGCGCCUUCUGUUGCUGAGAUCACCCAGAUCCUCCAGAAUGUGUGCAAGAAAGAAGGAUUGAAUCUCCCUUCAGAACUUGGCAAGAAGAUUGCUGAAAAAUCAGAAAGAAAUCUCAGGAAAGCCAUCCUAUCAUGUGAAGCAUGCAAAGUACAACAGUAUCCAUUCAGUGCUGAUCAGGACAUCCCUGAAGCCGACUGGGAGAUAUUCCUAAGAGAAACGGCCAAUCAUAUCAUCCAACAGCAGAGUCCUCGACAGCUACUAGAGGUCAGAGGUCGUAUGUAUGAACUCUUGACCCACUGCAUCCCACCUGAUGUUAUCCUCAAGGGACUUCUCCGGGAGCUCCUGAAGAAUUGUGAUGGUCAACUGAAGACGGAGAUUACCCAUCAGGCCGCUUUCUACGAGCAUCGUAUGCAGCAGGGUAACAAGGCUAUCUAUCAUCUUGAAGCAUUCGUUGCUAAGUUCAUGAGCAUCUAUAAGAGGUACCUUGAAGAAGGAUUUGAAGCCAUGAUGUUCUGAAUGUAUUGAUAGAUAGAUAUUCAUGACCCCUAAAUCUGCUGAGAGCAUGACGUGGAAAGAAGUAUAUGGGACUGGAUCAGUGACCUAUUGUAUGUUUUCAUAUGCAGGUCUGAAUGGCUUUUAAUGACCCUUAAAUCCUGCUAGAGUAUAACAUGAAAAGAACUUUGUGGGACUGAUGAGGAGAAAUUGGCAAUGACCUCUUGUUUGUUUCAUAUGAAGUUAUGAAUGUUUUCAUCAAUACCCUUCAAUUGGUCAUAAGCAGUAUCAACAAGAAUUAUGAUUGAUUGUAAUUCAUUUUUCUAUGCUAUGAUCUGAUGCAGGAUUGAAUAUAUGAGAUUUAUGCUGAACAUUGUUCUCUUUCUUUUACCAUGAGCCAUUGCACAGAAUUGAGUUUAUUUUCAACCAAAUUGAAGAUCACUUCAUAUUUUUGAGCUGGGAUAACACCUUUUGUGAAUUGGGCCUAUGGUUGAGAAAGGGAAUGGGAGUCACUGAAGUCUAGAUUGUAUAAUAUAUAUAUAAAUGUAACCUCAAACACAAUUGUGUAACAUGACAGUGUGCAUGGGUUUGAUAUUAUAAAAAUUGUUCUGUCUAUAACAAUGGAUCAAUUAUACUGCAUGCAGAUUUGUGCUGCACCAUUUCAACCCCUUUCCACAGACCUCAAGAUGAUUAUAGUUUCAGGUUGUUUUUUUUUUCCCAAUGUCAGAUAUAUGAAAUAUUGAACACAAUGAGAGUAUUGCAUUGCAUUGUCAUAUGAAAAAAAGAAAGAAAAUUGCCUCAGUUUAGGACUAAACUCUACAUGGUUGACCAUUGUGCUUGGUUUAAUCUUGUUGUGAGCCUUUAUGUGAUAAUGUGAAUAUUUUGUAAAAUUGUACAAGAGAAAAGUUGAUAUUCUAUGGGUAGAACAAUCGGCAAUGAAAUUUGAGCAAGUUUUUUAGACUGGGGGGGAGGGAGGAGUUUCACAAUGAGUGCAUGACCUAAAGUCUUGCUCGAGAGCUAACAUGCACAUUUAUAUUUGCUUAGUUAUGGUCCCAAUAUGUAUUAAGAAAUUCAUAUAUAUUGCAUGGGCAUUUUAUGAUUUCAUUUUGUGUACAUGUAUUUUUUUCUUCUGGUUUGACCUGUCCCAGUGAAAUCCAGUCCAAAAGAAACAAUCUUCCAAGGAUUAUAGCAAACUAAUGUUCUCAAAUUAUUUUGAGUAUUCAAAAAGUUAUCAGUGGUUUUGAAGAACUGAUCCUAGCGCCACUAAUACCCCACAUUUUUCUCAAAUGUUUAUUUUCAUUAAUUUAGAGAUUUUUUUAAAUACCAGUCACAAGCUUAGAAAUUAGAAUAUAAAUCGUAAUAAUGGUGCAAAUUUAUUCCUUCUGAAAGUCAUAAUACAAUAAGAGCUGAUGAGAUCAUACUAAAUUAAUUUUAUAGAAAACUAGUUACAACUUCAAUCACAAAUGAUACUUUUUGGCCAAAAUGAAGUUGUAAUAUGAAGUAAUUGUUUUUUCAGUAUUGUGUUUGCAACAGGUACAAUUUGCUCACUCUUUAAAAGUACUUAAGAUUGUUAUAAAACAUUUGCUUUAGCAUAAUCAUGCCAAGAUAAUUAUCUUUGACGUUCCAUUCCAUUAAUUUGAGAAAAACCAACAUCUGGUAUGUUUACUUAUCAUCUUUCAAUCCUGAAAUUUAGUUUUGCUAAAGAGUGAUAUUUAAAGGGAUGGUCCAGGCUGGAGAUAUUUAUAUCUCAAUAAAUAGAGUAAAAUUCACAGAGCAAAUUGCUGAAAAUUUGAUCAAAAUCGGAUAACAAAUAACAAAGUUAUUGAAUUUCAAAGAUUUCUAAUAUUCCGGUGAAACAGUUCUAGGCACGUCUUCAUGAAUAUUCAUUAGGUGGUCUGAUGAUGUCAUAUCCCCACUUGUUCUUUUUUAUUUUAUUAUAUGAAAUAAGGUUUAUUCAAAAAAUUUCUACCAAGAACUUAAACAAUUGGAUUGACAACUGAUUAAGUGCAUUAAUUAUUUAUUGCCGCAACUUAUUUCAUCACAAUGGAGACAUAUCAUGUACACAUGUAUGAACAAAUGAAACAAUUAUGAUUUUAUGUAAUAACAUAAGGAAAAGGAAAGUAGGGAUAUGACAUCAUCAACCCACUUAAUGAAUGUUCAUGACGAUGUGCAUACAACUGUUUUCACAAAAUAUUUAUAAACUUUAAAAUUUGAUAAAUUUGUUGUUAUCCGGGUUUGAUGAAAUUUUCAGCAUUUUGCUCUGUAAAUUUUACUUAAUUGAUUUAGAUAUAAAUAUUUUCAGCCCGGACCAUCCCUUUAAUGGUGUCAGACACUGUCCAGGCUUUAAGAGCCCUGCCUUAGAGAAGAAAAAAUGGCUAGACAAUGUGAAUGCUACACAUUUGAACUUUAACAUGUACCUUAUAUGUUAAUAAAAUGUAAAAUCUUGUACAGAA